AUGACAAGAGGCAACUUCGCAACUGGACGAGGGAAAUCCAGGUCCUUCUCAACCUGGUGUGGCGAGUUAGCGAGAUCUGGAGGUGGACGACCUGGUAAAUGUUUCGAGGGUACCUCCACGCGUAUUUACCUCUACUAAAGGAUGUCGAGAUCGACGAAACAACUUCCCUCGAAUUCAUUAACAACUUCAAUAAAACCAGUGCGAGCAAUCGUUUUAAUCCAGGCCCCGAAUCUAGCUUCGGUUACUAGACUCGCAGCUCCCGAUCAAAUAGUCAUCGGCAUCGCGGUUCAAGUAGCUACAAUAUUACCACCAAGAUGA